AAUAGCGCUCCGACUUGUUUCCACUCGCACGAUGCAGCGCUGAACUACCGUAUAUUUGUGCGGAUCAUGCAGUGUACCGGAGUUUUUCGAGACUUAUACAGUCCAGAAAUAUCCUAUCAUGAGCGAGAAUAUGACGAAGAGACGUACUGGGUGCAGCAGUUGAUUUAUAUUGCACAGUGGAGCGAUAUGCGCACAUCGCUCACCAAAAAACAGCCACACUAUUGGAUUCUCUGGGUUGCUCCUGGCAGCAAUCCUUCGAUGUCGGAGUCUUCCAGUGGGGCUGCAGAUCCAAGACUGGCUCCAGACAGGGAGCUUUUCCGAUAUAUCAAACCUUUGGUGUCGUCAAAGCCAUCAACCAAUUGGGGAUGGCUGGCCGAGACACGUUUGCAGUCACCCAGCCAGUGGAUGAUGGAGGUGGAACGCCCAAAAUUACCUCCUACAACAGUCAGUUGAUCACAAGCCUCAUAUUCCAUGGAAAAUAUCAGGGCCUUGACCGUCACUUUGAAGAGUGCAUAUCUCUAGAGGCCUAGAGGUUGGGGAAUUCUGCCGCGAUUGAAAUCUUCUGUGUCAUUUGCCGACAAUGCUCGAAAAGCAAUCGCAAGUUGACUCGGUUCCAUUGCGCUGUUGCCGUUGCGCCCAUAAUUCCCGUGCGCGUUUGAACCGAAACCAGUAUACGGUCCUACGAUAAAAAAUGUCGAGCUCUCAUGUUUCCAGAGCACAGCUUGAGAAUGUCACCAGCGGGGUUCGACCUGAAAGCAAGGCCACGGGUAUCGUCGUGGUCCGUGACAAAC